AUGGCUGCGUCCUGGUGCGCCCUGAGGGGCACUCGCCAGCUGGCUCUUCGCUCCAGACUGCGCGCAACCGCUGCGCCAGUCGCUCUGCGGAGAACCUCUCCUUCUACUCCGGCCCUCGCCUCCUACCGGGCCUUGCAUACCGGUCAGCAGCCCACAGCCCGACGACCGGUCUACACGAGCUCCGUGGCCGAUCACGGUGACCCUCACCCCCGCGACCUCUUCCAGCCCCUCGAUACCUUCCCCAGACGCCACAUUGGACCCUCGCCCGAUUCCGCGGAGCAGAUGUUGGCCACUCUGGACCCUCCGGUGGCGUCGUUGGACGAAUUCGUCAAGCAGGUGCUUCCCGCGGACAUUCUCUCCAAGAAGGACCUGAAGGUGUCCGACCCCCACAGCUCUGCCAAGCUGGAUCGCGAUAGCGUGCACGGUGGCCUGGGCGAGACCGACAUGCUGAAGCUUCUGGAUACCUACCGCAAGCAGAUCGAUGUCAGCGGAAAGACCUACAUUGGCGCGGGUUAUUACCCUACCAUUGUCCCUCCUGUCAUUCUGCGGAACGUACUGGAGAACCCCGCUUGGUACACCAGCUACACUCCUUACCAGCCGGAGAUCAGUCAGGGUCGUCUGGAGUCGCUUCUGAACUUCCAGACCCUGACCGCAGAUCUCACGGGACUUCCCUUCGCCAAUGCCUCCGUCCUCGAUGAGGCCACCGCUGCCGCCGAGGCCAUGACCAUGUCUUUCGCGACCAUGCCUGUGAGCAAGCAGAAGAAGGCCAGCAAGUCCUAUGUGGCGUCCCAUCUUUGCCACCCCCAGACCUUGGCCGUCAUGCGUUCCCGUGCCGAGGGAUUCGGCAUCAACCUAGUGGUCGGUGAUAUCCUCGCCGACGACUUCAAGCUCGUCAAGGAACAGGGUGACAACCUGAUCGGUGUUCUCGCGCAGUACCCCGACACCGAGGGUGGUAUCUAUGACUUCCAGGCUCUGAGCGAUGCCAUCCACACCGCGGGUGGUACUUUCAGUGUCGCCACCGAUCUUCUGGCUUUGACUCUUCUGAAGGCCCCUGGCGAGUUUGGCGCCGACAUUGCGUUUGGUAGCGCCCAGAGACUGGGUGUUCCUAUGGGAUACGGUGGACCCCACGCCGCCUUCUUCGCCUGUGCCGACAAGUACAAGCGUAAGGUCCCUGGUCGUGUGGUCGGUGUGUCCAAGGAUCGUCUGGGCAACCGUGCGCUGCGCCUGGCGCUUCAGACCAGAGAACAGCACAUCCGUCGCGAGAAGGCCACCAGCAACAUCUGUACCGCGCAGGCCCUCCUGGCCAACAUGACCGCCAUGUACGCCAUCUACCACGGCCCCACCGGUCUCAAGGCCAUCGCCCAGCGGAUCAUGUCCAUGACCACCACCCUCCAGACCAAGCUGGCCGCCAUGGGAUACAAUGUUCCGGUCAAGACCAACUCCGCUGACGGCGGUGCCAUCUUCGAUACGGUCUGCGUGGAACUGUCCAACAGCCAGGAGGCGGACGCCCUGGUCGCCGCCGCUCGCGAGCAGAAGGCCUUCCUCCGCCGUGUGUCCCCCACCAAGGUCGGUAUCUCUCUCGAUGAGACCGUCGGCCGCGAAGAGGUCAAGUCUCUCCUCCAGGUGUUUGCUACCCACGCCGGCAAGGGCGAGGUGACCCUGGAGGCGGAGCUGGGUGCAUCCCCGCUCCCUACCAGCUUGGAGCGUACUUCUCCCUACAUGACCCACCCCGUCUUCAACACCCACCACUCCGAGACGGAGAUGCUUCGCUACAUCCGCCACCUCGAAUCCAAGGAUCUCUCUCUUGCCCACUCCAUGAUUCCCCUCGGUUCCUGUACCAUGAAGCUGAAUGCCACCACGGAGAUGAUCCCCAUCUCGUGGCCCGAGUUCUCUCAGAUGCACCCCUUCCUGCCUGCGGACGUCGCCAAGGGUUACACCCAGAUGAUUGACGACCUGGAGCAGCAGCUCGCUGACAUCACUGGCAUGGCUGAGGUGACGGUGCAGCCCAACUCGGGUGCUCAGGGUGAGUUCGCCGGUCUCCGCGUGAUCAAGAAGUACCAGGAAGCCCACGGUGGUGCCAAGCGCAAUGUCUGCCUGAUCCCCGUGUCUGCUCACGGUACCAACCCUGCCAGUGCCGCCAUGGCCGGUAUGCGCGUGGUCACCAUCAAGUGCGACACCAAGACCGGUAACCUCGAUCUUGCGGAUCUGAAGGCCAAGUGCGAGAAGCACAAGGAUGACCUGGCCGCUGUCAUGAUCACCUACCCUAGCACCUUCGGUGUGUACGAGCCGGGCAUCAAGGAGGCCUGCAACAUCGUCCACCAGUACGGUGGUCAGGUGUACAUGGAUGGCGCCAACAUGAACGCCCAGAUUGGACUGUGCUCCCCCGGUGAAAUCGGUGCCGAUGUCUGCCACUUGAACCUACACAAGACCUUCUGUAUCCCCCACGGCGGUGGUGGUCCCGGUGUAGGCCCCAUCGGUGUCGCCGAGCAUCUCCGCCCCUACCUUCCCUCCCACCCAGAGAGCGAGUACCUCCAGUCCAAGCGGUCUGAGAGUUCCUCUCCUCCCAUCAGCGCCGCCCCCUGGGGUAGCGCGAGCAUCCUCCCGAUCACCUUCAACUACAUAAAUAUGAUGGGCUCCAAGGGUCUGACCCACGCCACGAAGAUCACCCUCCUGAACGCCAACUACAUCCUCUCGCGCCUGAAGGAGCACUACCCGAUCCUGUACACCAACGAGAACGGCCGCUGCGCCCACGAGUUCAUCCUCGACGUGCGCAAGUUCAAGGACACCUGCGGUGUGGAGGCCAUCGACAUCGCCAAGCGUCUCCAGGAUUACGGCUUCCACGCCCCGACCAUGUCGUGGCCCGUGUCCAACACCCUGAUGAUCGAGCCCACCGAGUCGGAGAGCAAGGCCGAACUCGACCGCUUCUGCGACGCCCUCAUCUCCAUCCGUCAGGAGAUCGCCGAGGUUGAGAGCGGCGCGCAGCCCCGCGAGGGCAACGUGCUCAAGAUGGCGCCCCACACCCAGCGCGAUCUCCUCUCGACCGAGUGGAACCGCCCGUACACUCGUGAGCAGGCGGCGUACCCGCAGCCGUGGCUGCUGGAGAAGAAGUUCUGGCCGUCGGUGACUCGCGUUGAUGAUGCCUUUGGUGACCAGAACCUCUUCUGCACGUGCGGACCGGUGGAGGAUAGCGAGUAG